UUUCAUACGCUUAUUAAUGAUUUUGGAGCAAAAUAAACCGAACACUCUCAAAUUAAACAGUGCAGCGAGACAAUCUUGCCGAUACUUGGCCAGAGAUCCAAGGUUAAGAAGCUAAUUACUCAAAAAUAUAUAAUAUCCAGUAUUAUUCCAUAUAUUCCAAUUGAACAGUGCGAAUAGUGUAUAAUUUAAUAAAAUGGAAUCAGAGAAAGAUAGCCCCACUGUAGUUUUAAGAAAUAGAGCGCUACGCGAGAGAGUUGGAGAGCAAGAUGCAGUUCGUGUAUCGUUACUAACUGAUACUACUUCAGGAAUCAUCAGAGGUGACGGUGAUUCAACCAGUGUCAGUACAACUACAUUCUCUAGCCCAGAAAUUGAAAUCAGUAAUAAGGAACUUGGACCACAAAUUAACGACAAAAAAAUGUGUAAAAGUGUGCAAAAUGAAGAAGAUUUUGAUGGAAUAAAAUAUGAAAAGCUUAUAACAACUGAUGAUAAAAAAGUAAUUAUACCCGAUGGUGGUUGGGGCUGGAUCGUAGUGAGUUCAUCGUUCAUAAUAUCAAUGAUUGCCGAUGGAAUCAGCUUUUCAUUUGGGCUUUUAUACAUAGAGUUUUUGGAUGAAUUUAAAGAAAGUAAAUCAACAACCGCUUGGAUAGGCAGUCUUUUUAUUGCUGUUCCACUACUAUCAGGACCAGUGAUGAGUGCUCUAGUAGAUCGAUAUGGUUGUCGGAGUAUGACAAUGUUAGGAGGUAUUAUUUCAUCUCUAGGUUUUGUACUGGCUUCGAUUUCAACUACGCUAGAAAUGAUGAUGAUAACUUUUGGUGUCAUAGCAGGAUUAGGCCUUGGACUCGUGUAUGUCACUGCGGUAGUUUCGAUUGCUUAUUGGUUCGAUAAGAAAAGAAAUCUGGCCGUAGGCUUAGGAGCUUGUGGGACAGGUGUAGGUACAUUUAUAUACGCUCCAAUGACGCAGUAUUUUAUUGAUGAGUAUGGAUGGCGAGGUACAAUUCUGCUUCUUUCGGGAACAUUAUUGAACUUAUGUGUAUGUGGGGCCGUUAUGCGCGAUCCAGAAUGGUGGAUAUUAGAACAGAAAAAGCAUAGAAAUGGUAAAGAUGACGACAGAAGUAAAGAAGAAAUAAAAUCAAGAAAUUCAAGUUCUGUUUCUAUUGCAAAUGGUUAUGAUACAGACAUUUCAACCCACGGAAAAAGUAUGAAGCGGUUGAUCGACAAGGGUUUUUCUCCUGAAAAAGUAAUAAAAGAUGAAGUUGCAAAUAUACUUCGACAUGAAAAAUUGAUUUUAUCGAGCACGCAGCAUAAAAAAUCAAAAUCUGUAUCAUUAGACAAUAUACCAACCUACCUGAAUACUAAAAAGAUGUCUCUGAUGGCUAUGGAAUCUUUCGAAAGUUAUGAAAGCAAUGAAAUUGUUGGGCAUAACAGACACCAAAUAGUUAAAUUUACACAAGAUGUAAUGCAAAGGGCACGAUCUGAAAAAAUAGAUUAUCAGAAUGAUAAUCUAGUAGAAAACUCUCAACUAAGACACCCAAAAGUUGGUCAAAUAAGAAAAUAUGUAUCUGAAAAUAAAGAAAAUAGGCCUUUGUUAAAACAAGAUAGCAGGGAAAGUAAACGAGAGUGGUUAAAAAAACAACUAUCAAUAAAUCACCAUUAUUUAAAAGAUCUCAAAGUGCCCUUGAAUUCCAUUAGCCAUAGAAACGCUAUGCUCAAUAUUAAAGGUUAUAAAUUGAAGGCGUCCUCAUGUCCUGAUAUCUUUAAGAACUCAAUGAUAACAGUAAAUGAACACGAAGUGGAAUGGUACACAGAAUGCGUCAGUUGCUGCAGUGAUAUGUUCAAUAUAUCGCUCUUCAAAAAAAUUACGUUUAAUCUUCUCUGCUUUGGGACUGUUAUUAUUUUUGUCUGGUUUAUCGUACCUUACUUCUAUCUUGCGGAACAUAUGAUACAUGAGGGUUAUUCAGAAGACGACGGAGCUUUCAUGUUAAGUCUAAUUGGAAUAACUAACACAAUUGGAAUGGUAUCUCUGGGCUGGAUAGGUGAUUUUCCACAAGUCUCUAUUGGAAAUCUUUACGCUGUCUGUCUUGUCCUCUGUGGCGUAUCUGUUGCUGCGAUACCUCCAGCCGCUUCUAGUUACUGGGUUUUAGCCUCUGUUUCCGCAGCAUUCGGGUUGCUUUUUGCAGCGUCCUUUACAUUUACACCCAGUCUCUUGGUAAAAUUGGUCUCCUUGGAUGAUUUUACAUCUGCUUAUGGAUUAGUUUUGUUGGCUCAAGGGAUAGGUCAUUUAAUUGGACCACCUUUGUCAGGUCUCAUUUACGACCUAACUCUUUCCUGGGAACUGUCUUUCUAUUUGGCUGGCGGUUGGAUAAUCGUGGCUGGAGUCUUUAUCGCCUUUAUACAACCUGUUAGAAAUUAUCAACAGAAGCGUUUGAUUGCUGAAGAGUGCGAAUCCAGUAUGGCCUAAAGUUGAAAGAAGACCAUAACGACCACAGGAUACGGAAUUUGUUUUUAUAAACAAUAUAUAAAGGUGCUAAUAUACCUGAAGAUAAUUAAUAACAAUAUAUUGAAUU